CCCCCACACCCCCACCCCCACACCCACACCCACACCCUAUUUUUUUUACAAUUAAUCAACUUAUUAAUAUAUUAAAAAGGUAUGAUAGAAAAACGGGAUGAUUAAAGUUUAUAUAUCAUAGAAAUUUCGAACAUUAGUUAUUAGUAGAUAAACAAUCCAUUUACAACAAAAAUUUCCUUUUACUUCAUUAUUAAAUACGUCAUAACAUAUUAUAUAUUUCUUUGUAUAUAUUCCAGAUAGAUUAUUCUUUUAUUGUUCAUCAUUUUGUAAUCAUGUAUCUCAUCCAACAUCGCAUGAAGGAGAAUCAUCAUAUACAUAGAUUUAUUCCAAGACAAGAGAACGAACACUUUCGCAGUAAAAUAUUCAAUAUUUAUUUAGAACUUCACGAUAUGAUUAUAUGAACGGUUCAAGGCAGAUAUCAAAAAUAAGAGAUGCACAUCCCUUCAAUAUUAUCCAAUACUCUAACAGAUACCUUUUUAUACACUUCGAACCUUGGCAUCCUCGAACGAGAUCUGGAUAAAGACGCACAGAUGAUUUCAUCACUUUAUGAAAAGCUCUUACUAUUUGAAAUCUUCCAAGUUUUAUAUGAAUUUUGAUUAAUGAUAAGUCAUUAUAUGUGUUAUAGAUUUCUCGAUUUCAAUUGUUAACAUAGAUUAUCCAACUAUUAUACAACAGUUUAGCAGAGAUAUUUACGAAUUGUGUUUAUUGAUGAUUUCUAGACUGGUCAACAUAUUAAUAAGAUGAGUUGAGGGUGAAUAAAGAUCAGUCAGUUUAUUAAAUAUAAUGAUGAACACGAAUGAGAAGAAUAACAAUCGAUAAGAAAUGAAUGACGAAACGAGAACAACUAGAGACAUGUGACAAACUAAUUCACUGAAUGAAACGUUCAAGAAGUAUAACUAUGAAUAAAAAUAACUGAGUGUAACGUAACUAAUACGAUAAAUCGACGGUACAAAAAACAAAAAUGACAUACGAAUAAAUAUAAGACACAAUAAGAAGAAAGACAGAACAUAGGUGAUAAACAGUACCGUCAGAGAGGAGUCGAGCAGAUAACUAGUGAUAGAACGGUGACCAUCGAUCGGUACUUCACUGUUGCCAUUACAUUAUUAUAGGUGACCCGUUCCCCGCAAAAAAUUUCCCGUUUCUCUCCAGUGAUGUUCGUGCAUUUUAUUGUUUUUUAUUUCUUACCAAUUCCCUUCAAAAACUCCCAUCUAUCGCUGUUCAAUUCUGACAUUGUUAUAUAUAAUGAAUUUUCCUUGAUAGAACGUUGAUAUCAUUUAGAAUUUCAAGUGUUUUUAUAUUUACUAUAAAAAAAAUCAAGAAUUUAUAUUUUAUUUAGAUGUGAAUCUACAUUAAAAAGUCCAACAUUUGAAGAUGUAAUUGAUGAAUUUUCUCGUGAAAAAGUUUAUGGUCAUAUUCAACCAAAAUGA